UGUGGUGGCAGUGGCUAUCUAUCACAGAGGGUGUAGGUGUCCUACAGCCUGGGUUGGUGAUGAAAGGUGCUGGAUUUUUUUUCUUGUGUGUUUUGUUAGUAUUUGCUUAUGGUGGUUGACUGAGCUUGGGUCAGGUACCUGCUUGUGCCUUGGCAUCUUCAGACUGUGCCCUUAGUGCUGAAGAGGGGUUUUUGGUGCCUCUGUGUAAGGCAAGCUGUUGUUUUGUGAAAUGCGCAAGCCUGCUGCUGAUUUGUAAGGCUUGUUGCCCUCACGAAUCUUUCGUUGUGAGUAACUGGAGCAGUAGCAGUGCAGGACUAGGAAGUUGCUGUUUCCUGAAAAUGGAUCUAGGCGUGGAGAACAAUAGGUGAAUUUUUUACUUCUCUGCUGUUGUGCAAUGGUUUUCCCCAGGUCAAAUGCGUUCUGGAUUGUCAGAAAUAUUUCAGGGUUUUGCUACGUUAUGUUGGUUCCUAACUUAUGUCCAGUUCUCUUAACUUCAGGGAAAACUUUAAAACUAAAUGUUUACUUUUGUCAUACUGUUGGGUGUUUUUUAAGUAUAUUUUGCUAAAAGUUGUUUUCACAUGUGCUGUCAGAAGAUAAUAUGAUACCGAUAUGUCCCUCUCUAUGCUCAGAAAUCCCUCUGUAUCCUAUAUAAUUGAGUGCAAUGACCUAUUCUAUGUAAGUGAGGAAUUGGAAUGGUAAAAUGUCUCUUUGCUAUGUAAACUGGAAUGGUAAAACUGGAACUGCAAUGGUGAAAUGUCUUUACAAUUUGCAGCUGGGCCAAUUGUAGAGGAGCUGUUGUUCAUGAAGCUAAAUGUCUGGGGUAGAGAGAGGUUCUCCUAGAGCCUGCUGUGGGCAGAAGAUCAGGCUGCCUGGUCAGCAUCUUGUUUUAGGGUACAUUACAUUUCGAUCUACUUUUGCAACAAUUGUUUGAUGAACAGAGUGAGAGAUGACUGUACAUAGUGUGGAAGGGUGCAUAAAGCAAUUCUACUAGAAAGCAGAUGAUCUCAGCAAAAUACAAGUUUGGUCACCAUGGGUAUGAACAGCUGGGCAGCACACAGGAGCUCUCUUAAAGACAAUGGAGUGGGGAUGAAUUGCCCUGAUGCUUUCUGCCUCCUCCUCCUUCCCCUGUCACAACUAUAAUCCCUAGCACAGGGAUAUCCAGAGGGAGGGCCACAUCCUGCUCCUCUGGUACAGGGUAAGCAGGACAUACUUGGCAGCCUCCAGCACAGCGAUGGCCUGCUGCCACGUCCUGUCCUACCCAGCAGCAUGGGAGCACCGUGGUUGGGCUUGUAGUGCUUUGCUAUUGGAAAAACCUGUCUGUAACUGCUCCUUGUGCUGGAUCCUGCAAGCGUGCACUGUGGGGGUGGAGGAAGGGUGCCAGCUGUCCAUUUUCAGCCUCCCCAGCCGGGUAUUGGAAAUGGAGAGUUAAAAUGUUAUGACACGCCAUGAGAUUAUUAGGCUUGUCUAACAAAACAAAGAUUUCAUUGUGUACUUUUUUUAAAAAGCAAUAUUAGCCCCGCCUGUUUCUUUUUUAACUCUGUGUUUAAGUCUUGACUGGAGGAGGGAAAAAGUCAGCAAGAAUCCUCUGAAACUGGAUACUUUUCUAUGUAAGGCUUUGAAAUACCAGAGCUCGUUUAGGCAAUUCUUCAGCUGAGGAUUUUGGAUGUUUUUGCCCCCGGCAGCCUCCUGGGAAGGUUUCAUAAGGACAGCUGUGGAAUGCACUCUGUUUACCAACUUCUUGCCAUAGAAAAACAAAGCUUUUAUUCCUGGGCUACGGAAAACUUCUGCUGAUUAAUCCACACCCCCUCUCUGGGGAGGAAAGCACAACAAACAGCAAUGUCUCUUCACCCUUUUAUGCAUCGUAUAUUAAUCACCUAACAAGGGCUCACAGCUAUUCCGUGCUCCAGCCUGCAUUUGCCCUCUAACUACUGGGAGGAGUUCCGCUUUGUCUAUAAAAAGCUGCACUUUGCUGAACACUGUAACAGAACCAAACUUAGGGACCUGAUCACCCAUCCUCUGUGGAGAGAGCAGACUGAAAACAAUCAUGUUUGGGAUUGGGAAGAAGCUCGCUGAGGAAGCAACACAACAAGCUGAAAGUGCUGCACAGGUGGCAGUUAACACAGUGGGUCAGACUGUGCAGCAAGCAGUGGAUCAGGCUAAGGAUGCUGGUCAGAAAGCUCUUGAUGAAGUCUACAAAGCAGCUGAAACUGGGGAAAAAGCUGUAAAAAAUGUAGCAAAUCAAGCAACUUCCUGGGGCAAAAGCUUUGGACAAUGAAGAUGAUAAUGUAACACCACCGAACUUCUUGUAAAUUUUUACUGCAUGUACUCUUAAAUAAAACCCCUAUAAUC